AGUUCUCAUAACAUAACAAAAUGUAUAACGUAUAUAAAGAAAGCGAAACGCAAAAGCCUUUUUUCAUGUAUUUCACGUAAUAUUUUGUGUUUAUUUUGAUAUAUUGUGAAUGAUUUUAACAUUGUGAUACUAAAAUAAUGGGUGAAACAGAAAACGUGGAAUUGAGAACCGUAAAACAUUCUAUUCCAAUUGAUAUUCUCAAUGACCUUUUAACGAGGUUUAUAAUCUGUGUGCCAGAAUCUGCCAAACAGAAUUUAAUAAGGAUUUGUUUUCAAAUCGAAUUGGCUCAUUGGUUCUAUUUGGACUUCUAUGUUGGAAAUGACAGCCGGUUGAAAGCUUGUAGCAUUUAUGAAUUUGCCGCUCAUGUAUUUCAGCACAUCCCCCACCUUAAACCAGAGAGCCAUAAACUCAAUGAGAUUAUGGAAAAAUGGAAGGAGUACAAACAAAGCGUACCUACUUAUGGGGCCAUAAUGCUUUCUGAAAAUUUAUCUCACGUUCUUCUCGUCCAAAGUUACUGGGCUAAAUCUUCCUGGAGUUUCCCUAAGGGUAAAGUAAAUGAAGAAGAAGAUCCUGCUCAUUGCGCUGUCAGGGAGGUGCUGGAGGAAACCGGUUUUGAUAUUAGCAAGUAUAUAGAUCCUGAUGAUUACAUCCAGUCUACAAUUAAUGAUCAGUUGGUCAGGUUAUAUAUAGUCAAGAAUAUCCCUAUGGCAACGAAAUUCAGUCCAAAAACAAGAUGCGAAAUAAAAGCAUGCUCGUGGUUUCCCGUCGCAGACUUACCGACGAGCAAAAAGGAUUCCACACCUAAGACCAAAAUGGGGGUGAAUGCUAACGCUUUUUUCAUGGUGUUACCUUUCGUGAAAAGACUGAAGCAAAUUUGUAGCUUAAACGGAAGUACAAUACAACCGAGGCAUCGACACAAAUCGGCCAGUUUUUGUGAGAGUGAUGCAGUGUAUCCGAGACAUAGGACCAAAUCCAUGCAUAAGGCGGAUACAGACGAUGUCAGGCAUAUCAAAAAACGUCAAGAAAAGAAACCGCACCUUUUGAAAAGACAGUUGUUCACUGACGACGAUAAUUUCGAAACUCAGUUUUGUGCACCCUCUUGGCUCAAUUUUAAAUUUGACAAAAUUGCCAUUAUGGAAUGCAUGCCAUAAACGGUUCAUUUAAUUAUCAUUAUGUUGUUGCUAAUAGAUGAUCCACCCAAGAAAAAUACGAUUUUUGUUUCUAAAUUUAAGAAUUUUUUCAUUUUUGACGGGUCUUUUUGAGCGGUUGAUCAUCUAUUAAACUUGGACAAGGAAACAAAUAUUGUCUAAAGAAACUUUCCCUCCAAGAAAUGUGUGUUAAAUUUGCAACAAUUAAUUUUUUCAGUGAUAUUUAUUUUUCAUAUUGCACCAAACAAAUUGCAUGGUGUAGUUUUUAUGUUUAUUUUUUCAAAGUUUAUUCAAAUACAAUAAAUACGUAGAGAACAU